UUGCUUAAAUAUGUCAAUUAAAAAAUAAAUGCAGAUAGUGUUGGAAUUCUUAAACAGAAAAGUGUAAAAUGUCUAUUGUUUGUACCUUAGAGUCAAAGGUGAACAUUUUGAAAGGAUCUGCUACCAAAAAUUUAUUAAUUUUAAAACAGAACAACAGCAACAACAACAACAACAACAACAACAACACAACAACCACUGACAACACUCAUAAGUUGAACUCGAAAAAUUUAAACAAUUUUAAAUAUAAUUUUUGUGGUGCAGCAAAUACAACAAAUACAUCGGAUAUAUUCAAAAAAUUUAAUAAUACCGCCAACACUAACGCCAUCACUAUCGCUAACAACAACAACAGCAACAACAGCAACAGCUUUAGUAACAAUAAUCAAAACAAUUGCAACAGCAACAACAACAACACCAACACCAACAACAGCAGCAGCAAUAAUAAUAGUGGCAGUGAAAUUAAUAAUAAAUUAGGAACAAUAAAUGAUUUUCACAUAAACGAGAAAAAUACAUUUUUAGAGAGACAAUAUUCUCAAGAAGAAGAAGAGCAUAUAAGAAGCAUAAAUCGAUUAGAUUACAAAUCGAAAUUUUCCGUUUGUGAUUUUAUUGCACGGAAUCCAACAAAUUACUGCCUGCCUACUGCUGGCUUUGAUGGUGAGAAUACCAGACGCACUACAGUUGCCAUGCCAGAAGUUCUGAAUAUCACAGCACCAAAUAACGGCACCAUUAACAAUAUCCACAACAACAAGAGCCACAAAUUCCCAAGCGUUAAUUCAUUUAAGAAUUCCUCUUUGUCAUUCUCGAAAUCCACUACUUCAACCAAUCACCAAUCAAUGAACAGCAUCAGAAUGUCAACUUCGCCGUCCCUCUCAAUUAACGGCAGUUCAAAUGAAGCCACAAAUGUUCAUGGACUUUCUGUGUACGGUCCCAUGAGUCCACAAUCGAGCGAUAGUGGCCACAGCAUGUCAGACAGUAUGAUCUCGCACAUAAAUGCCAAUGGGAAAUACGGCGGAAACUACAAUGGCUCCAGCAACUAUGAAAAUCACAAAUCAAAUUCGCAGCAUCACAAGGAGCUUUUCACCCAACGCAAACAACGCGAAUUCACCCCUGAUAAUAAGAAGGAUGACAGUUAUUGGGACCGCAGACGGCGAAAUAAUGAAGCAGCUAAGCGCAGUCGGGAAAAGAGACGUUACAAUGAUAUGGUGCUGGAGCAGCGCGUUGUCGAGUUAACAAAAGAAAAUCAUGUGCUCAAAGCGCAGUUAGAUGCUAUCAAGGAUAAGUUCAAUAUUUCUGGUGAGAAUUUGGUCAGCGUGGAACAAAUACUAGCCUCGUUGCCAACGAGUGAGCAAGUUUUAAGCGUUACAAAACGUGCCAAAUUGACACCAAACGGCUUUAACAAUAACAUGGCUGUCGCACCACCGGCUAUCGUAUACACUCCCGCGGCUCCAGUACCUUUGUCGGCAGCUGCAGCUGCAGCAGCCGCAGUAGCAGUUGCAUCACAUCCACCGCUCGCGUUGACACAGAAAAACAAUAAUAUUCUGAAUCAUCAGAACUCGAGCGAUAAUACGCUCAUCACCGGAGAUACCACAGUCGCCGGUAAAACAAUGCCACAGUCCAUGUCACAAGUUAUCAAAAAUGUUAGCCACUCACACAUGCCAAUACCAACGCUAUCGUCCAUUUCACCUGUAACCGCCCAUCUACAAUUAGCUUCUCAAACUGCACCAACUUUAGUUCCAAAUACGGCUUCUACAGCUCAAUUAGUGCCGCCAUUGAAUCAACAUUAUUCGGUUCAGCAACAACAACAGUUGCUGCAUCCACAACCGUCCGUCGAUAAUACGCCCAGCAAUCUUAAUGGCAUAGGCGCUUGUGUGAAUGCAUGUCCAGACAUGAGCACUGCAUCAAACACAAAUAACGCUGGUAUGAAAGUUCAAAACGGUGUCAGUAAUAUGUUUGCUGUGAGUACAACCACAAAUCAAAUUGAGAAUUCCAGACCACAAAUUCCAACAAAUGUGCCGCCACAAGCAAAUUUACAAAGUCUUCACGUGCUGCAAGCCCUGAAUCGAAAUGUGAAUUCUGAUGAUUUAGAUCAUCUGCGUAAGGUAGUGGCUGUUGUGGGUGCCAAUGUAGCUGAUCUCUCCAAUGUGAAUGGCUUGUAUGGAGUUGCACAAGCACCUGCCACACUUUAUGCACCACCGGGGCAGUCUACAAAUGGUUAUGCUUUCGGAAAGGAUGGUCCAAGCAUUGGUGUUGGCAAUUACUUGCAUACGGCUGAGGCUACAGUUAGUUCCAGUGGAGUAGACACCGUUUCUUCAUCAUCAACCGGUCCAACAAGUGUUUUGAAUUUAUCACGUCGUGCAUGUACGCCCUCCUAUGAAAAUAUUCUGUCUUCCACCACAUCCUCCGCCUCAUCGAGACUAUCUUCUUCGCUUUCAUCAUCAGCAUCCUCUUCCGGGGCUGUGUCAGGUGAUGACGAGCAUGAGCACGAUGCAGUUGAUGAAAUUGGGCGAAAUAGUGUGGUUAAUAUAAGCAACAUUAGCCCUAACAACAGCAACGACUCCAACAAUUGCUUGCCACUUAAGUUACGCCACAAAUCCCAUCUUGGAGACAAAGAUGCUGCCGCCACAGCACUAUUGGCUUUACAACACAUAAAACAAGAACCAAUUUGCAAUAGGGAAACUUCACCAAACACAUGGGCCGAUGGCGGUGACAACUCAAGCGAUGAACGCGAUUCAGGCAUUUCCAUUGGCAGCGCAGAAUGGACCGCACAGCUACAACAGAAAAUAUUAGCACCCAAAAAUAUUGAUAAUUGCGCUCCAUCGUCUGUGGUGUCUGUUUCGCAUGCAGAACGUGAGCGUAUACUAAAAUCUCAGCUGGCGCGGCUAGAAUCUGAGGUUGCAAAUAUUAAGAACAUGAUGAUUCGAGCCGGUGAUCAAUAAAAAGUGAAGAAGAUUAUGAUGUUUGUGUUUAGUUUACUUCUAAUUAUUUUAUUUUGGGGAACACCGCACUUUUUGAUAUUUCAAUGGAGAGAGAGGACAGACACUAAAUAUUUUAUAUUUAGAAAACAUAGUGGACGGUUUAGUUAAAAUCGUACAAUUUAUGUGUAAUGCGGCUAUACACAAUUCACUGCAUGUACACUCCAUGUCCCUCUUCCGAUUGUGUGUCGAGUUUCUAGAGGUAUGGGUAACGCUGAAUCGAUACGCUUUCUCGAUGGCACGACAAAGAUGUCCCAUCUGAACUAUCACUUCACCGAUUCAGUAUGCGAGCGCAAGUGAAUGCCUAAAAUGCAUUUCCAAAUCUAAUCUGCAAGCGGAAGAAAAAUCAAUCGGUGAAGAGAUCUAUACAAUGUGAUAGGAAGCAGGGACAAGGGUAUGUGGAUCAAUCCACUAUGGCGAUACGCAAGCAAGUCAAGCUCAAACUUAUCCAACGUGUAAAUUUGUUAUAAUUUUCUCUAAUUAAUUAAUUAUUAAUCGUUAAUUUAUUCAAACAGUUUUAUAU